UGCAGGGAGGGGGCGCCCCGCCGCGGGUUAUGGCCGAGCUAGGAAGCCAGGAGCCCGAGAUCGGGGCCUGCAGCCCCAGUGUGGCGGGGGACGCCAUGGCUCGACAACAGCUCUUCCGAGCGCUGGUGUCGGCACAGUGGGUGGCAGACAUGCUGCAGGCCCCCAGUGCCAAGCAGCCCCUGAAGCUGCUGGAUGCCUCCUGGUACCUGCCGGCGCUGGGCCGCAACGCGCAACGCGAGUUCGAGGAGCACCACAUCCCCGGCGCAGCCUUCUUUGACAUCGACCAGUGCAGCGACCUCACGUCGCCCUACGACCACAUGAUGCCCCCGGCAAAGCACUUCGCGGACUACGUGGGCAGCCUGGGCGUGGGCCCCACCACCCACGUGGUGGUCUACGACGCCAGCGACCAGGGCCUGUACUCCGCGCCGCGCAUCUGGUGGAUGUUCCGUGUCUUUGGCCACCGUGAGGUGUCCCUGCUCAAUGGCGGCCUCCGCAACUGGAAACGCCUGGGCCUCCCGCUGAGCUCGGGCAAGAGCUGCCCGGCCCCCGCCAAGUUCCAGGCCAAGCUGGACUCCACCUUUAUCAAGACGUUCCAGGACAUCAAGGAGAACCUCCAGUCCCAGCGCUUCCAGGUGGUAGAUGCCCGCGCCAAUGGCCGCUUCCGCGGCGUUGACCCCGAGCCCAGAGAGGGCAUCGAACCUGGUCACAUUCCCGGUGCCAUCAACAUCCCCUUCACAGACUUCAUGACCCAGGACGGCCUGGAGAAGACCCCCGAGGAGCUCCAGCGCCUGUUCCAGGACAAGAAGGUGGACUUGUCCCGGCCCCUGGUGGCCACGUGCGGCUCCGGGGUCACCGCCUGCCACGUGGCGCUGGGGGCCUACCUCUGCGGCAAGCCUGACGUGGCCGUCUACGAUGGCUCCUGGGUGGAGUGGUUCAUGCGGGCCAGGCCGGAGCACGUCAUCUCUGAGGGCCGCGGGAAGACGGAGUGAGGCAGGCAGGACACACCCCCCUGCGCGCUGGGCCCCGCCUGGGCUCUGACUCAGCAUCAUCAGACUCAGGUGGGGUGCGGGGUGACUUCCCAGAGGCCAGGAAUUCCGAGGACUUGUGGGCUCCCAGGGGAGGCUGGGCAGGUGGCCGGCCUGGAAGAGGGGAGCUGCCCACGUGCUGAGCUAGGGCCUCCCCUCCCGCCUGUUAGAACUGAGGAAAUAAAACAGCCAAGUGCUAAAUCCUUCUAAGCACGGAGCUGCCUCUAUUUCCCUGGUGGUGCCAGGAUGCCAGGCCAAGGGUGCUUCUAAUGCCCAAGGGGG